UUUUUUACACAAGCAAGUUUUGUCCGCAAAUAAUCCAUGAGUUAGUCCGUAAUUAAUCCUCUUCCAAAUUUGAUUACAAAGUGUGUUUACCAAUUGUCUGGUAAAGGGAGGGGGUUUUAAACAUUUUAGAGCUUUCAGUAUGGAUCUUAUUUGAAAGAUGGCAAAACCCGUUCCAUCAUCUAGCAAACUUGGAAGGAAACCAAAAUGGUAUUUUGCAGAUGAUGAGCUUUCUCAGCUGAUAUAUAGAAUGUUUAUGAAUUCGGCUGCUGAACUUAAAUAUAGGAGAGAGGCUGCAGAGUUUAUUCAGGAAAUGGCUGAACGGGUGAACCACAACAUUCUACAACACAGAGGACGGUACUUGUGAGUUAUCCCAAACCAGUUUUUGCGGACAUAUUUUGCGGACUCUUUUGUAUACACAGAAUGGUCAGUCCUCCUCCUUUCCUCAAUUUCACUCUAUUUCACUAUGGCAUUAUUUAAUGAGAGGCAAUAAAGAAAGGAUUAUUUUUAAAUAUAAAUGACCGAGUUUUAAAUCAUUUCGCCUCUCAUUGAUAGUGAACUCUUUCCUCCAUUUCACUGUGUUAAUAGAGGCAAUAAAGAGAGGCAACAAAAAUGGAUUAUUU